AGCACUUGUACAUUCUGUCAUAAGCGCAUAAGCGGAAGUGCUCCACUGGCAGCUAAAAAAAUAGAUUGUUGAUUGUGCGUUCUGUUGCUUCAGGUAACUUUUUAUUGUUUAAAAGAAAUAAAAAUGUUUGAACUAACUUGACUAUUAAAAAGUAAAUCUAACUCAAAUGGAUUACGUUACAUGAGUAUACCUGUUACGUGUUUAGUCAGCCCCAGAGAAAGUUGUCGUAACAAAUACUAAAUGAGUAGCGAAACUUAAUAUAUUAAGGCAAUUAGUUUACUCCAUUUUUUUUUUUACCAAGCUUGACUUAUCAGGGUUUACAGUGUAGCUUUGUCCAUGUAUUUAUCCCAAGGUGCAAUUUGCACAUGUUUUGUGAAAGGAAAAACACAAGUGUUAUUUCUAAACGUGGUCCGUACAAGCAACAUUUCUUUAAAAAAAUGAGUUUUAUACAUUUAGAUUUUUUUGUAUGUACAGUAUAAUUAGUUUACUUUUUUUGGCAAAGCAACUCAUUAAAGCUGGGUCUAUGUAUGUAUUCAGUCAUACCUCGGGUGUCACCAUGCAACUCUGUGCACCUUUGGACUUGAACUGCCUGGUUAAAUAGUUGAGGAAGCAAUUACAUGUACAAGGUCUGCACGAUGUUACUAUCACGGAUGGAGCGGCACAGAGGUUAUAUAUAAUACGUGCGGUGCCGAGAGGGCGAUACUGUAUAUCGAACAAUUCGAGGAGGAAAAUAAUCUUGGAAAAAAAAAAUGCACACCUUGUUCAAAAAAAAAAUAACAGAGACGUCGGAGCCAGUUAAAGCACGAGUAAAAGGCUCUCUCCCAGCAUGGUUACAGGGCACACUCCUGCGCAAUGGACCAGGUCUGUUUUCUGUGGGCGAGACCAGCUACAACCACUGGUUCGAUGGAAUGGCCCUACUGCACAGCUUCACUUUUAAAGAGGGCGAUGUUUAUUAUCGGAGUAAAUACCUACGCAGUGAUACCUAUAACAAGAACACCAGAGCCAACAGGAUAGUGGUGUCAGAAUUUGGAACUAUGGCUUACCCUGAUCCCUGCCAGAGUAUCUUCACCAAAGUGUUCUCCUAUAUGUCCCACACCAUCCCAGACUUUACUGAUAACUGUCUCAUUAACAUUAUAAAGUAUGGGAAGGAUUAUUACACAUCAACAGAAACAAACUACUUCCACAAAAUUGAUCCUAAUACUCUGGAAACGUUACAAAAGGUGGAUUACAGGAAGUACAUUGCAGUAAAUCUUGCCACAUCCCACCCACAUUAUGACCAAGAGGGAAACACUUACAACAUGGGCACCUCUAUUAUUGAAAUGGGAAAACCCAAAUACACCAUUUUCAAAGUCCCGUCGGCUGCAGAAGACAGUGCCAAGAAGCCAUGCUUGAAGAACCUGGAGGUGGUGUGUUCCAUUCCCUGCCGCUCCCGCCUCGCCCCCAGUUACUACCACAGCUUUGGGAUGACCGAGAAUUACAUCAUCUUCAUCGAGCAGCCCUUCAAGCUGGACAUACUGAAACUGGCCACAGCUUACUACAGAGGGGUCAACUGGGCGAGCUGCCUGAAGUUUGAUGCAGAUGAUAAUACAUUAAUCCACCUGAUUGACAAAAGGACACAGAGGCCUGUGGCCACGAAGUUCUACACGGAUGCACUGGUGGUCUACCACCAUGUCAACGCCUAUGAAGAGGAUGGCCACGUUGUGUUUGACAUCAUCGCAUACAAGGACAGCAGUCUGUACGACAUGUUCUACCUGGCUAACCUGGAGCAGUCACCGGAGCGCUUCGAGGCAGAGAACUGCCUCUCCUCUGCACCUGUCUGCAAGAGAUAUGUCCUCCCACUGCACUCUGCAAAGGAUGCAGAGAUUGGCAAGAACAUGGUAAAACUGGAGUCUACUACAGCUACAGCAGUGAAAAAUAAAGAAGGCAGCCUGUGCUGCCAGCCUGAAAUACACUGUGAAGGAAUGGAGCUGCCAAGGAUUAAUUACAACUACAAUGGCAAAAAGUACCGAUAUGUCUAUGCAUGUAGGGUGGAAUGGAGACCAUUUCCUACAAAGAUUGGGAAAUUGGAUGUCACCACGAAGCAGAUGCUGGAGUGGCAGGAGGAUGACUGCUGGCCAGCCGAGCCAGUCUUUGUGCCGGCACCAAAUGCAGUAGAAGAAGAUGAUGGGGUUAUUUUGUCCUCGAUUGUUUCCACCAACCCAAAUAAAUCUCCAUUCAUGCUGAUCCUGGAUGCCAAAACUUUCAAAGAAGUCGCUCGUGCCACGAUCGAUGCAGAUAUACACCUGGACCUGCAUGGCUACUUCAUCCCCCAGCAGGGACAGCAUCCUCCUCAGGAAGACACCAGCGUUGCAAGAUAGACAGCCCUAAAACAUAUAAGAAUCUGGGCCUUUUUACGAUUUUUAACUCAUACUAAAGAAUGUUUUAAUGGAUUAAAAAAAGGUUUGCAAGAAGCUAUGACUAUGUUAAGAAACCAUCAACAGAUUAUCUUUUUUGACUAUGUUUAACAGCCACCAUCUUAUGUAAGGAGUAAAUCAGUGGGUCCUUAUGUGAACUGCAGUAUUAAAGUGUAUUUUACAUGUUUGUUUUACGAUCCAUUUUUUUUGUUUACGUGAAAAUUUUGUUUUUUUAAUUAUUGUGAUAUAAAAGAGAAACAUAUACGAUAAUAAAAUUCCUUUACUAAAAAG